AUGACGAAGAUGUUUGGUGGUUUUGUAAUUGGACUAUUUUACUACAAGGAUAUACUUAACUUCCGGUUAUUAUACCCGCCAAUGGUUGACUACAUGCUCAAAACUUUCUCAUAUUUGGGGUUCAUAUUUUACACAUUCAAAUUAGGCGUGGAAAGUAACACCGGGGCUUUAUUGAAGAAAGUAGACAUGGAAACUAGUAUUAUCGCUGCUUCUGGCUUUGCUGUUUCGUAUACAUUUAGUCGUGCAGGAUUAAGACUCCUUAACGUAACAUCAACUGCAGGAUUAGAAAAAAUGAUUCUUCUUAAUGCUAAAACCUUCUACAUGGUUACAUGUAACCACGUUAAUGAAGUUGGCAUAAGCAACUCUGAGCUCGGUCGUUUGGCUUGUACAAUAUCUUUGGUCGCUGAUAUCGUCGCAUAUUCAGGUACUUUCAUGCUAAACAGCGUUAUAGAGCCUCUAGACGGCGGAGACUAUUGGAAACCAACUUUGGCUACUGGAACCUAUGUUGUCAUGUUUGCAAUUUGUAGACCAUUAGUAAUUCAUAUUAUUAGUUAUACACCUGAAGGAGGUCGUGUUAAAGACACCCAUUUCUUGGCUAUUCUCUUGAUUGCUCUUUUGUUAGCUAUGCUUGGUUUACAAGCGAAUCAAUUUCUAGCUGUUUUCGUGUUUGGAUUCUUCCUACCUGAAGAACCAUUGUCCUCGAUUUUGCACGACAAAUUAGAUGCUAUUACUUCAUCUGUUUUAUUCCCUAUCUUUUGCGCCGUGAAUGGAUUAAGAGCAGAUUUCUACGCUCUAAACUCAAAGUCUUACAUAUUAGAGAUUGUUUUGAUAAUGGGUGCAUUUGGAAAAUUCUUGGGGACUCUUGUUUCUUCCAUGAUUUUUGGAGUUCAUUUUAGGACCGCUCUUGCUCUUUCAAUCAUCAUGGCUUCCAAAGGCUUUAUUAGUAUAACCAGGAUUGCACAAUACCGAAAAUUAGGGGUAAUGAACAGAGAACAAUUCACAUUAAUGUCACUACAUAUUCUUUUCUUCACCGGAGCCUUCUUACCCCUCGUGAGAUACAUAUAUAAACCAUCAUCACAAUAUUCAACUAUUAUAAGACAAGGUGUGAUUACAUCAUCAGAAACAGGCACUUUACAAGUAUUAGCAUGUAUUUUUAAGGAAGAAAAUAUGCCCGGAAUUCUACGCCUUCUCCAAGCGUUCCAACCUAGAAGUGCAAAAAAACCAAUACCCGUCAUUGCCCUUCAACUCAUUCCAAUAACCUCCGGCGGCGUCUCAGUCCCAAUCGUCGCGCCCCUCCACGAGAUCCAAUCCUCGGCGGCUUACCGAUCUAACCUCUCUCGGUGCAACCGUACAGUAAACGCUUUGGUAGGCCUUGAACACAAGACUAAUGGUGCUAUUCGACCACAACACUAUAUUUCAGUGUCUUCGUACGCGUCAAUGCACAACGAUAUAUGCAAUGUAUCACUUGACAAUAACGUGAGUUUACUCAUCCUACCUUUCCAUGCACAAUGGACGGAUUAUAAUAAUUUCAGAGGGUUCCGACAUCCGUCCCAACCUAUAAGGGACGUAAAUAAGAUGGUGUUAGACACCGCACCUUGCUCCAUAGGCGUUCUAAUUGAUCGAGGAGAUCAGAAUUUGGCAAACCUUAGCGAUGUGUAUCGUGUUGCUAUUUUCUUCAUAGGUGGGGUUGAUGAUCAAGAGGCUCUAGCAUAUACAACUAUAUUCGCAAACAAUCCAAGCAUUAGGCUCAGUGUUAUUAGGUUGAUAUCGAGUACACAAAGUGAUGAAAACUUUGAGGACAAUUUCGCCAUUAAUAGUUUCCAACUUCGGUGUAUAGAUAACGAAAGAGUAUCGUUUGAAGAGGUGAUUGUUAACGAUGGUGGAGAAACAACUAGUUUUGUUGUAAACAUGAAAGAUGAGAUUGAUUUAGCUGUAAUUGGUAGAUAUCAUGAACCCGGGUGCACUCCGUUGUUCGGGCUUUUAGACCGGUGGUGUGAUUAUCCGGAGUUAGGGACUUUAGGUGACAUGUUAGUGUCGCCGGAGUUUGGGUUCUCGAUUUUAGUGGUGCAAGAACGACCUCAAAGGGCUAGAAAGUAUGCCAAUGAGGUUAACGUUGAUUAUCAAGAUGAUUGA